AGAAGCCCACGCGACUGGCUCGACAACCAAUUGGCCCUGAGGGAGUAAAAUCAGGUCACACUAUAACCGUGCUAACUUCUUCACAGACAGUCAUACCUGUAGUUUUUACUUGAUCAGGUGAUAAGUUUCUCUGCGCGCAGGUGAGAGAAAGUUUAAUCACAAUUAUGUAUAUCAGGUCGGCCAUUUUAAUAUUGGCCACCGCCAUAUUUUCUAUUUCUGAGCACGGAGUUCAUUCGCACAGGCAGUCUAGACAAGCACCUCAGUCCCUACCGGAUCAUCUAACAGCUUACGUCAGACAAUUAGCUAAUAAUCAUCAAUCAAAUUAUCAGCCUCCUUUAUCCUUUUCUUCGGCCAGUCAGCCAUUACAACAGUCUCAACCACAAACCGCCUACAAACCUCCAAUUUUACCGCCGAUUCAACAACUUCCGCCCGCAAAUAUUGUUCCAAAUCCUCAGCCCAGGCCGCAGUACCAACCACCAUUAUUACCAAUUUCUUAUCAGUCUCAACCCCCGCAAUAUUCCCACCACAACAUUCCCUCGUAUCAACCAAACAGCAACCCACAAAUAUAUCAGCCGCAAAUUCAACCUCAUCGACAGUUUUCCUAUUCUCCGCCAGUUAUAAAUAAUCCGCAAUUACCAUCGAAUUCGGUCCAGAAACCGCAGUCUCAACCAACAAGUAGUGCACUUUAUAUCGGUGGAGGACAGCCGAAACCCCAGAUCUCCCCUCAAACAGGAAACGCUCCCAGUGUUUCGAUAUCUACAUCAUACACAGCCGACGUCAUCAAACAAGGAAAAGUUAUCGGAUCUGUUCAACCUUCGGUGCAGGCAAUCGAAAAAGCGCCGGCUUCAGAAAUUGAAUUCGAUAAAGGUAAAAACGCCGCCAAAGACAAGGCAGCGAAGGGUGGACAACUGGACGACGAAUACGUAGUUUAUUACUAUUAUUAUUACGAUGAAGACAAAAAACCGGGUAAAAAUCUAUCGUUGAACUUCGACGACAUCCCGAAUUUGGAAUCGUACGAUCAGCCAGCUAAAGUAACCAAAGUGACUAAACUAUUAAACUCGGUAGAUAAAAAUGAGGUAUCCCGAACAGAAAUCGCAUCUGCUAAUACUAAACACAAUGCUCCCGUACCAAGGAAGAUACCUAAUUCUAUUACCUUGUCUCAAGAAAUUACUACGAAUCCUUCAAUAGUAACUACGGAAACUCCCGUGAUAGUUCCUAAUGUUUAUCGUUACGGAAUUGGAGACAUUCCGAGAUUUCCUGUUACUCCUAAUCAUUUACAACCGUUAAAGUUAAACCCGGUCGUAACACUUAGCCAAGUGUUCACUCCUGCUCAAACUAAAACGACUACAACAACUUCGGUACCGUUGAGUACCACCCCAUCCACUACUACCAUCGUUCCCGAGACUACAAAGAUCGAAGUGACCGAUUAUGAAAUAGAAGAAGAAGACACUACUACCACGGCGACAACGACAACAACAACUACUACUACUACAGAAGCCCCUACCACAACCACCGAACCAACUACCACAACCACCGAACCAACUACCACAACAGAACCCACUACCACUACAGAAAGAACACGCAAACGAACUUCAAUAGGAAGGCGUCGUUUCAACAGUAAUAAUAGAAACAUCGGAAGAUCUACCACACGAAAAUCGACUACUACUACUACUACUACUACUACUACUACCACCACCACAACCAGUACUACCACCCCAGCACCCGCAACCGUCGUGAAACCUACCAGGAGGAGUUUCCAGUCGCGAUUUAGCAGCAAUCGCUUCAGGCGACCGAGUUUCAAUAACAACAGAUUACGUUCCUCUUCCACCACCGAAUCUAAGAAUCAAGAUACCAACACCGCUACCACUUCGAGCACCACAAGUACCACGCAAUCAUCGCGCCAAUUUGGAAAUAAUCGAAGAUUUGGAAGCAACCGAAACCCAGUGACCAGUAAUCGAGUAUCUUCUGCUAGCGUCAGAUCGACGGUGACGACUGCACCUAGUGCAAGAACCCGCCCAAAACCAUCGGGAGUUAGUCGUUCCCCAAUCUUCGGGGGUGCAAACAGAGGAAGAGUUCGACCGCCGUUUUUCCGUCAACAGAACAAAACACCGGAACCUAAAGUGGAGGAAGAAACGCCGGAAGAAGAAACAACGCUUCCACCCCCUCCAUCUUCGUCUAAACAGCCCACGACGGAAGCUGUUGAAGAAGAAGAAGAAGCAGACCUUUUGGAAGAAGAAGAAGAAAAAACGGUAAUCACUGAAGCACCCUCGACUACAACCGCCAAACCUCGUCUUUCUGGAAUUUUCCGUCCUCGUAGCAGACCCUCUCUAUUUGCCAAUCGAGGACGACCCAAGAUACGAUAGGAGCUUAAGACACUUUUAUUUUUCCCUAUAGGGAAAUAUUAUAAAUACUUUAAAUUAUAACCGUAUUUUAAAAAAUGAAUCUUAUUAAAACGAAUUUUUAUCAUGGAGGGGAACGAAUGGAAAAUUUCGGUCUUACGAGUAUACGAGUUAUCAAAAAGCUUGUUUUCAUGUUUUUAUUUAAAAUAAUUUUUCAGUUUUUUCAUUUUAUUUUUUUGAGAAACACAAGUAUGUAAAACAACUUUUAUCGUACGUAAUAUAUAUUUUAUUUCUUGGUGCCUUGAGAAUUUCCAUUCGUUUCUAACGAUAUUUAACGUUUUAUACAACAGAGAAACUUGUGGAUUAACUAAAACUUUUAACUAAUUUUAAGAAAACAAAAAAUGUUUUAUUUCUCACAUAUUUAUAUUAUGUAAACGCGUUGAGAUAAUGCAAUAAAAAUAUAGUCAGAUUCGAGUUUCAUUCUCAGGUUUCAACGUUAAAUUCUACCUUGGAAUGACAAUUCUCACGUGGUAGCGAGAUCGUUAAUCUGCGUAAGGCCAUUCAUCGUGACCAUUUUAUCCUUGUAAAUUUUCGCCCUUCAACACGAAAUGUGUCAUACUUUCAAUUUCUAGGAUGGGAGAGUGGUCUGUGCCAACUUUUCCAAGUACGGGUGGAUCCUUGUGAAACUCGAAAGUAGGUUUUGUAUACUCACCUAAAGUGCACGGAGCCUGUCGUAAUUUUACGUGAGUGAAAUUUAGCGAAGACAGAAAGUUUCGGCAUUGGUGGAAAUAAAUUACUCGUCUUAUCAAAAAAUUACAUGUUACACGUUUCGCGAAGCGCGAGUUAUUUCCAUUCAGAUGCCUCCGUUACG